CUCUCGAAGUCAGCGAAAAGUGUAAUGUCACUAGUUUUUCACCGCAGAGAGUGAGCAAGUACGCGAAUGCAGAAGUGUUCCUUCCGUUAGCUUGCAGUCGGAAUCGACCACGGCAAAUUAAAGCUAGUUCGCGUUUCGUGGAACAACGUUUAACGGUGUACGGUCCGGCCCGGAGUGACCCAGGUUUAUUGAUCCGAAAAGUGUGUAGCGUGCGUUUGCGGCGCUGUUUCGUUUCCCCGUCGAAGAAGGGUGGAGUGCAUUUUUUUCCUCCCUGCUGGCCUGACUGGAAUCCGCCUCGGUGUUCUGUGCUCGGGUGAAAGAAAAUUUCUCCUCCCUCUAAGCGCUUAAAAAAAGUGAUAUGUGUACUGGUGCUUAAUGCGGAGGUGCUUUUUCUGGAGUUAGUGAAUGAAUGAAAAGUGCGAGCUCAAGCAAAAAAGUAUCUAGAGUUAAGUGUUCUGUUGUCUCACUGUUGCCUUAGGAGGAAAGUUGUAGUCAGUGCAGAUUGCCAACUAGUUUGGCGAUUGAAACUCAGCAGCCAGUGCUUCGUGUUGAGUGACUCCAGUAAAGCGUAAACCCCUAGUAAGGCAGAGCCAGUAACCAUCGACAAUGUCGUCAUCCGGCGAUUUUGGCAAUCCGCUGCGGAAGUUCAAGCUGGUGUUUCUGGGCGAGCAAAGUGUUGGGAAAACAUCGCUUAUCACCCGAUUUAUGUACGACAGCUUCGAUAACACAUACCAGGCAACGAUUGGUAUAGACUUCCUGUCAAAAACCAUGUAUUUAGAAGACCGAACAGUACGAUUACAGCUGUGGGACACUGCCGGACAGGAACGAUUCCGAUCGCUAAUACCUUCCUACAUUCGGGACUCAACCGUAGCCGUAGUAGUGUACGAUAUUACAAAUGCAAAUUCAUUCCACCAAACAUCGAAAUGGAUUGACGACGUCCGGACGGAGCGUGGCAGUGACGUAAUCAUAAUGCUGGUGGGCAACAAAACUGACCUCUCCGACAAGCGCCAGGUUUCAACGGAGGAGGGCGAACGGAAAGCUAAAGAACUGAAUGUGAUGUUCAUCGAAACUAGUGCGAAGGCUGGCUACAACGUGAAACAGCUGUUCCGAAGAGUGGCCGCCGCACUGCCCGGUAUGGACUCGACUGAGAAUAAGCCACCAGAAGAUACUGUCGAUCUGCAGACUCAGCCUUCAAAUUCCGGAGACCAGCAGGACUCAGAGGGUGGUUGCAUGUGUUAAAACAGCGACGAAGUUCAUGAAGACCGAAUCAUUAACAAUUACAACUGCAUCCUACAAAAAAAACAUGCCGAAGCGAGCUGUGGUUUUGGUUUAUUAUUAUCGAUUUUUUAACUACUCCCAAUUCAAGGAUAUUUAAUAGAAGAUGCAGGUUUAAAAUCAAAACAAACAAGCGACUGUUCGUGAAAACUGUGGCAAAAUGGAAGAGAGUUCAAUUAAACGAAAAAGGGAUAAAACUAGGAUUUAACAAUUUAGCUAUGCAGUAACCAAAGCGAAGUUUCACAAAAUAUACAAACUCAUGCAUAAACUGAUUUAGGAAGAAAAACACAACGCAUUAGCUAAGCGCGAAUCAUGCAGUAGCACAAUCUUACAGCAGAAUAAUUUAACAAAUAACCGCAUUAUUACCUACUCUGUUCCCCUUAAGCUUAGCGAUUGUUCAAAACAAUCUGUUAAGCCGUUCACUAGUUGUAAAAGUAAUGGUUUGUUUAAAACACCUUUUGCACUCUGGAAAAAAUACAAUCAUAAGUAUCGUAAAAAUAACGAAUAGGAAACCCACGUUUUACCAUCAAAACCGAUCUUAGAUACUGACAGGAUCCUCCUGUCAUGGAGCCAUGCUUUCGUUAACGGGACAUGACUCAUAAAUAAAACGGCGAAAUUCUAAAGGGUUAAUGCUUAGACGCGUCAUCGUCAUCAACCUCUCACUCACUACGCGCAAAGCGUUUCAUUACGUUAAAAUUGAUGCAUCCAUUUUGCUUUCCACCAUCGCCACUAUCAUUGAAUGUGUCUGUGUUUUGCGCAGGGAAUAAUUAACUACCUACUAAAAUGAAUAGUACUAAAGUUGACAUGUCGCCGUGUUGCUCAUUAAAAGUGUGAACUAGAAAGCAGGUGAAAUUUAGAUAAAAGUUAUAACUUGAACAUCCGUUGUUAGAGCAGCAUUAUUUUAAAUGCAAAGCGCCGCUGAAUAAAUGUGCAUUGCAGAAACACGUGACGCGAGUGAUCCAUGCUAACUUAAAAUAAAAGAUGAGCUUUAGAUUGAAAAGGAAAUUGUGACAACUAGGAGCUAGUUUUUAUAUUCAGAUAGAAGUGAUUAGGAAAGUUGUACUCGUCACUGAACCUAAUAACCAACCAUAGAAUAUACAAUGAACUGAAAUAUUUGAAAGAUUUUCAAAACUGUAUCCUAAUCAGCAUCGUUUUGAAAUUCCUAAAAUAACGAGAAACAUAAUUCGAAAACCUGAUGGAACUAUCAAAAAUUCACUGAAUUAAACGAACAAUUAUUUCCAUAAUCACUUCUACCUGAGCAACACGAUCUUCACGCAAAAAAAAACCUUAUACAAUUAGCCAUCGAUUUGCUACGCUAGACUUAUGCGGAAUAGCAAGCAGAGGGCGACUGCAACGGUAAUUGUACUACAAAACUGAGCAAAACCAUAGGAGAAUAUAAAAAUUUUAAAUAUAAAACUUACCGCUUAAAUAUGAUAGGCAUUACUAAACGAAAACAAAAACCAGUCAACCACCUUCAUUAACUCAUCAAAUCGGAAAA